CGCGGGAUGAUGACGAUGGGCCGGCCGGGCAGGCGGUUGCUAGGUGACGGCGGGCGGGAGGAAGGAGGAGGCCGCCAUGACACAACAGGGCGCCGCGCUCCAGAGCUACAACAACGAGCUGGUGAAAUGUAUUGAGGAAUUGUGUACGAAGAGAGAAGAGCUGAACCAGCAAAUUCUCCAGGAAGAGGAGGAGAAGAACAGGCUGCAGAACGACAUCCGGCUUUUGACAGAGAAACUUGCAAAGGUGAACGAGAGCCUGGCACGCAAGAUGGCCACCCGAAACGAAUUUGACAGAACGAUCGCAGAGACAGAAGCUGCCUAUAUGAAGAUCCUGGAGAGCUCACAGACUUUGCUGACCGUCCUGAAGCGGGAAGCUGGAACCCUGAAUCAGGUCAACGACAACAGCUGAGUAGCAGUCCUGGUCUUCUGCAGUCGGCUUCAAUCACAACAGUGAGAAAUGUGUCAUUGGAUGCCUCAUAAAAGAUAACUCUUGUAUAGUUUCAAAUUACGCCUUUAUCAGGGAUUCAGGAUUACUUAAACACUUGAAUUUGUAGUUCUGCUUUAUAAUAAAGUAUACAGAUAUGAGAA